AUGGACUCAGAUUCAGACUCCCAUUCCAACUCUUCUGAAGAGUCAUCUAGCCCUUCUCAUGCUCUUCCACAUAUUCCACCUAUUGAGGCCAUUUGGGAAUUUAUCAAUGAUCCAAUUGAAGAAAAGAUUGUAGCACAGAUUGCAGCUCAAAUAGAAAAGCAAGAGAGAGGUGAAUCGAGUCAACAUCAAAGGCUUUCUCGAAGGUACAUUGUGAGAGAUCGUGAAGCUGGGCAGAAUCGGUUGAUUAGAGACUACUUCUCCACCAAUCCAGUGUAUACCGAUGAGCAGUUUAGGCGUAGGUAUCGAAUGAGACGCCAUUUGUUUCUUCAAAUUGUGCAAGCACUCAAUGAUUGGUCACCUUACUUUCAACAAAGAAGUGAUGCCACUGGUAAGUUAGGUUUCUCACCUUUGCAUAAAUGCACGGUUGCUAUGCGGAUGUUGGCAUAUGGAACUUGUGCAGACAUGUGGGAUGAAAAUUUGAGAAUUGCUGAAACUACAAUCAUUGAAUGCUUGAAUAAAUUCUGUGAAGGAGUGAUAGCCUUGUAUGCUGAGAAAUACCUUAGAAGGCCUAACAUAGAUGACAUUCAGAGAUUGCUUCGAGUGGGGGAAGCUCGAGGUUUUCCAGGAAUGUUAGGAAGCCUUGAUUGUAUGCAUUGGCAGUGGAAGAACUGCCCGGUGGCAUGGAAGGGGCAAUUCACUCGUGGUGAUUAUAAAAAGGCCACUGUCAUGCUAGAAGCUGUUGCUUCCCAUGAUCUCUGGAUAUGGCAUGCCUUUUUUGGUACUGCAGGAUCAAAUAAUGAUAUUAAUGUGCUGAAUCAAUCAACAAUAUUCACAGAAGUAUUGCAAGGGAGAGCUCCAGAAGUCCAGUUUGUGGUUAAUGGCAAUGUGUACAACAUGGGCUAUUAUCUAACUGAUGGAAUUUAUCCUGAGUGGGCCACAUUUGUGAAAUCAUUACCUAAGCCUUUAAGUGAGAAGGAUAAAGUUUUUGCCAACAAACAGGCAGAAGUAAGAAAAGAUGUGGAAUGUGCAUUUGGUGUCUUGCAAGCUCGAUUUGCUAUUGUACGUAACCCAGCUCGUAUGUGGACUAGGGAAGCACUUUCUCAGAUCAUGUAUGCUUGUAUUAUAUUGCACAACAUGAUCAUAGAGGAUGAACGGGAUUCUUAUGGGGCUCGCAAUGAUCACGUCUAUGAUCAGACAAACUCCACUGCCUUGGUCAAUUAUCAGCAUGGGCCCAUUAACGAGUUUGCUAAGAUGCUUGAGAUAAACACAGCCAUUCAUGACAGGUCUAUGCAUCGUCGCCUGAAGGCUGACUUGACAGAGCAUAUAUGGCAAAGAUUUGGAAGUACACAAGAUCAGGAUACAGACUAG